AUGGCUACCCCCAGUGUCCUUACCUUUGAUGCUGAGGGUCGUGCUAUUGACUUCGAGGUCUGGGUCGAUGACCUACAACUCUUCCUACAGUGCGAUAGGGCAGACGGACUCUCCCUGUUCGAUCUCACCUCUAGUGCCUCUCCUGCCCCGCCUGCUAAUGCUGACAGCACUGUUCGCUCACAAUGGGCCACACGCGAUGCUGCUGCCCGUCUUGCUGUGCGUCGCCACUUACCGACCACUGAGCGUGCGCACUUUAGUCAGUACAAGAGCGCUAAGACCUUGUACGACGCUGUAGUUGCACGCUACUCUUCCCCUGCCACUGCUGCCCUUAGCCACCUCAUGCUGUCGUACCUAUUUCCUGACCUCGCCACCUUUCCCACUGUCGCUGACUCCGUUACGCACCUUCGCACUAGUGACACCCGCUACCGCGCUGCGCUUCCUGCUGAGUUCUGCGCCAAGAACCCUCUCCCCAUGUACAUCACCCUCUACUACAUAGUCACCCGGUUCCCUCACUCCCUUCGCUCGGUCUGGGACCACUUCCUCUCUGUUUGCCCCACCACACUCACCGUUGACCUCCUCGAGGACCGCCUCCUGGCAGCUGAGAAGAUUAUAGUCGUUGUAGGAGCCUCUCGAGGUGACCCUCGUGCCCCUGUCUUUGAGGGGUGCUCCCCCUCCCACCUUUUGCCCUCUGUUGCCUCUGCUGCUGUCGUCGACUUCGUUGGCAACGAGUCGGUCGGCGCUGCGUCUGCCCCUAGCAGGCAACGCCGCACCGGCAAGGGCAAGGGGGGCAAGGGCGCUGGAGGGGCUUUCGAGGGCGGUGGAGGUGGUGGUGGAGGCAGUGGAGGGGGUGGGGGUGGUGGUGGGAGUGGUGGCGGGGGUGGAGGUGUCAGUGGCAGCAGUGGAGGCGCAGGAGGCGGCGGCGGUGGCGGUGGGGGCGGAGGCGGCGGAGGUGGCGGAGGCGGCGGCGGCAACGGUGGAGCUGGUCGCGACUCUCCGCAGAGAAGUGGCUCCGGUGGUGGUCCGCGCCAGCUGCAGCAGCGCACUCGUGAGACCCCGUCCCCUCAGCAGCUUCGUGAGUGUUACGCUGGGCGUCAGCGAGGUGGGGGUACUGGUCCCUGUACCUACGUCCUCCGCACCGGCGACCGCGCUGGUGAGCAGUGCUGGGGCUCGCACUCCACCCAGCGCUGCUUCGGCCGCCUGAUGGACGCUUGGCGUCACCAGUUCCCUGACGCCACUGAGAUCCCUCGCUGGGGAGAGCUGUCUAGGGCGGGGGUUGCUAUCUUUGAUCUUGAUUAUGAUGCUAUUCUUGCUGCCAUCCCAUCACCAGGAGUCGUUGUCGCACGAUUCGCAGUGCAUUGCAAACGACACCUCUGA